AAUCUAUCGUUUCGAUAGUGGAAGCGAGAGUGAGAAAAAGUCUAAAAAGAAGUAGAGUCAGUUGCGCAAAGAGAGAUGUAGAAGAGCUCUGGGCUCUUCGACCUUCACUCUCUUUCUUUCUCGGUAUGGAUACGCCGGAGAGAAACCAGAUCGGCACUCCAAUUUCCAAAUUCGAGGACUCUCCUGUCUUUCAUUAUAUCAACAACCUUUCUCCUAUUAAACCUGUUAAGUCUAUACAUAUAGCUCAAACAUUCAAUUCACUCACUUUUGCGUCGGUACCAUCCGUGUUUACUUCGCCACAUGCCAUUUCACACAAGGAGCGUAGAUUUUUAAGAAGGCAUCAUUUAUCAGAGCUGUCAAAGCCUGAUUUUUCUGGUAAUGGAAAUGAAGGCAAUACUAGCAUGGGAGUUUUGGAUUCUGUUCAACUCCCCGAUAGCUCUGCACUGCAGGAAAGUUUUGAUCCAGGGAGUUCUAUUACAGAAGUUAGUGUGCCAUCUAGCGAGCCCCCAAAUCUGGCUAUUGAGCUGCCAAGUAAUUUGAAGUAUGACUAUGGUAGCCCUGAUUGUAACCCAACGCCUUCCCAUGGAAUUAAUAUGGACCCUCUGCCAGAGAUCACUGCAACACCAGCAUCACUUGUUCAUUUUGGUCAAGAGGUCUCAGAAGAAAGACAGCAUUCAUUUGAAAGUAAAGUAGAAAUACAGGGGAUUUGUCAGGUCUAUGAAAACAAAGAUGAAGGGGCCGGAUGUGAUUGGGAAAAUUUGAUUUCUAAUGCUUCUGAUCUGUUAAUUUUUGACGCUUCCGUCGAUGCAGGGGCUCCAAAGGAGCAGAGCCUGGAAUUAGUUCAUCAUGAGAUUGGUUCCUUUGCUUCUCUUGGGUCAAAGCUCCUACAUGGUAGUACUGAUGACUUGCAGAAAACACAGCCCAUGGGUUUGGCUGGCUCUUGGGAAGAACAUGAAAUGGAGGAUACCGAGUCUCGAUCAGAAGCAGUUAGGGAGCAGAAGGAAAUGGAUAAAACUCUACAUGUCUCAUCCAGUUCUUUUUCAAUUGAGCAAAUGAAUAGUGGUCCAAGUGAGGGAAUUGAUGAGAAAGCUGAAAAGUAUAUUUCAGUUAGUGGCAAGCCUGACGCACAGCAUCAACGUGUUAUGAGAAGGCGCUGUCUAGUAUUUGAGAUGGCAGGAGCUCAAAAAAAGAACUUGGGUGAUGAUUCUAAAAGUAGUUCUUCAGUCUCAUCUCAUUCUGAUGUAGAAGCUUCUGAUGAUAAACAAUUGGUUCCUAUAAAGCCUGGAAAUAACUCUUCACCAUGCAUGCUACCGGGUAUCGGUUUGCACUUGAAUGCCCUUGCAACUACUUCAAAGGAUUGUGGAGUUAAGCAUGAAACUUUGACUUCUGGAGGGCAAAUAAUAUGCAUGAGAAGUUCCAUUACUUCUUUCCACUCUGUCGCAUCUGGUCAGAUAACUCUGACUAAAUCUUUGGGUCUGAAUUCUAUGGGAAUAGAAAUAGGUCCAGCUGACAAUGGAAGUUUGCUUAUGCAAGAUGCUUCCCAGGCAUCUACAUUUGGAGCUAAUGAAGAGUUUAACCCUAGUAGCCCAAAAAAGAGGAGGUGCAAGUUGGAAAAUGUUGGAGAAAGUGAAGCAUGCAAGCGUUGCAACUGUAAGAAGUCGAAAUGCUUGAAGCUUUACUGUGAAUGCUUUGCUGCCGGUGUGUAUUGUGUAGAGCCUUGUUCAUGUCAAGAAUGCUUUAACAAGCCUAUCCAUGAAGAUACUGUUCUGGCAACUCGCAAACAGAUUGAAUCCCGCAACCCGCUUGCAUUUGCACCCAAAGUGAUUAGAAGCUCUGAGCCUGUUUUGGAAAUUGGGGAUGAUUUCAACAAAACUCCAGCUUCUGCCCGGCAUAAAAGAGGAUGCAAUUGCAAGAAAUCCAGUUGUUUAAAGAAAUACUGUGAAUGUUAUCAGGGGGGCGUUGGAUGUUCAAUCAACUGCAGAUGUGAAGGGUGCAAGAAUACAUUUGGCAGAAAGGAUGGAUUUGUUCCAUUAGGAAUUGAAGAAGCAGAACCCGAAGAGGAAGAAACAGAAACCUGUGAAAAUAAUGGGCCAAAUAGAAGUGUACAGAAUAAUGAAGUCCAGAAGGAUGAAGAGAGAUAUUCAGACUCUGUUCUGCCAAUUACGCCAUCUUUCCAGAUUUGCAGACCGCUGGUUCCACUGCCUUGUUCCUCUAGUAGGAAGCCACCAAGAUCUGUACUUGUUGGCUCAUCUCCUCGGCUACAUUCCAACAGGAGACUAGGAAAAUCAGAUUUUAUGCAGCCUCGAUCCAAGUUUGAGAGACAUUGUGAGACUGUUACAGAAGAUGAAACCCCUGAGAUCCUAAGAGGUGAUUGUUCACCUAUCAGUGGCAUAAAGACCGUCUCUCCCAAUCGUAAGCGGGUGUCACCUCCUCAUAAUGAAUUUGGAAUGUCUCCUGGUCGGCGGAGUGGGCGGAAGUUAAUACUUCAAUCCAUCCCUUCAUUCCCAUCGCUCACCCCUCAUCAUGAAACCAGUGAUUUUCCAUUGAAGUUUGAAUGAAGUGUGACAUCUUAAUUGUGGGGCAGGAAGUAUUAUUUUGUUUUAGUUAUACGAGUAGUUGGCUUAUCGUAUGUGUAUAAUAAUGGCGUUAUCUUUGCACCUACAUUGUAAUAUCCAGCUGCCUGUGUAAAAAUCAUCUGUUAUUAUAUUCUGAAGAGCUUCAUGUUUCCUU